AUGUCAAAAUGUAAUAGUUGUAACAAUAAUAGUUUUUACUAUAAUCUUUGUCUCACUUGUGGGUUCCGUAAAGCCUUUAAUGAAGAUCACGAAAGAAAUAGAGGUGGAUUUGGGUUUGGUAAUCCUUACUAUUGUUUCUAUGACAAUUCGCAAAACUCAGCGCCACCAGGAAAUUUGAAUUUGCAAAAAGAAAAUGAAGAACUUAAAAAAGAGAUAGGAGAAAAACGGUUAGAAUUAGAUAAAAUUAAGCAAGCCUUGGGACAAAAACAAUCAGAUCUAGGCUUAUCAGAAUUAAAACAAUAUUUAUGUUUGGAGCAAACAGAAAACAGAAAACUUAGAGAAAAGGUUACUGAGUUGGGAAAAAAAGUGUAUUCACUAGAAAAAGAAUUAUUAGAAAGGAAAUUGAUUGAUCACAAAUCAGAGUUGAACAACCUGCUUAUUGUAAUAAAGGGGAAAAGUAAAAUGGAACAAAAAGAAUUAUUGGAUGAUUUAUUAGAGGCUCAAGUUGAGCUAGUAAAGUUUAACAAUGUUUUUAUCCAAAAGCAACUAGAAAAAACUAAGAAUAAAUUAACUAGUAGUAGUGAAAUUAGUGAGAAAGAGAUAAAGGCAAUACUUCAAAAACAGCAAGAAAUUACUAAAUUAGAAAUACAAAUGGAACGAUUUCCCUUUUCUCGAAUAAAAUUAACCUCUUCAACAACAAACGAAGGUGAUUCACUAUUAUAUUCUGCAAUUGAUUGUGAUUUGAAGAUUAUAUGA